UCGAGCGCCAGACUGCCAGCGUCCCGCCGCCACCUGCCCGCCGCGCUCCCUCGGCUGCGCCCGUGGGUGCGUGGGCCUCGCGGAGCUUCGCGGGCCGGCUUCCCCGGGGGGGGGGGCCGCGGGAGCCCUUCAUGGCGCCUGGGCUUCCGUGGUGCUGGCCUGGCCGCUGUGCGGUUUUUCCGCAGCAACAUUUUCUUUCCUCUUUGUCUUUUUAAAUUUUUUUUAUUGGAGUUCAAUUUGCCAACAUAUAGCCUGUCACCCAGUGCUCGUCCCGUCAAGUGCCCCCCUCAGUGCCCGUCGUCUUUUCUCCCCCGUUAAACCGACUCUUCGGAAGCGCUGUGCGGCCGCCGGAGCGCUUUCCCGGCCGUCGGCUUCUUGGCGCUUCUCCGCAUCCCGGGAAGAUUUAUUUAUUUAUUCAUGAGAGACACAGAGAGAGAGAGAGGCAGAGACACAGGCAGAGGGAGAAGCAGGCUCCAUGCAGGGAGCCCGACGUGGGACUCGAUCCCGGGUCUCCAGGAACAGGCCCUGGGCUGAAGGCAGCGCUAAACCACUGAGCCACCCAGGCAUCCCUGACUUUGCACGUAACUUGACACACCACAAGUGCUUGGGCAGCAUUGUUGACAUUGAAUGGAACUAGAGAGACAGCCACAAAGGUGCUGCCUCAGACUGGUGGGAUCUAGGCCACUCUGUGGCACUUGACAAACUGCUCUGGCCACAGUUGGAGAGGCUGUCCUGUCAUAAAGCCCCCUAAGACAUGAUGUCACACACAGACACCUCUCUCCUUACAAAAGGGAGGGGCUGUGGUGUUGGCCUCACAGACUUAGCUGGGCUCCCGUGCCCUCCUCAGGCUCGGCCCUAGAGCUUGAAGAGAGGUGAGCAGGACACUGCCUGGACGCUGAUAUGAUCAGAGGGUGCUCUGCAAGUCGCUGAAAUCACCAAGAUUGGCAGCAAGUGGGCUCAAAGGCUGCCCUCAGUAGAGCACCUGAGCAGACCGCCUCUUGGAAAAAGCUGGAUAACUUUGCUCACACCAAGAGUGAAAAUGGUGUUUGGACUGGGCUGCCAGAGAGAGAGGCUCUACAAGCCCCUGUACAUAGUACACGUCUUCAUUCUUGCAGGAGUGGUAUACUACUAUUUUCAGGGGUCUGUGGGGAAGCCAGCCCCUGACCACGAGAUUGCUGGGGAACCUUCCCAGCUUGUAGGGGAGUCCUUGAGGCCGGUGUGGGGGCCGAUGGAUAAGUGCUACCCCGUGACCACUCAGGUGGGUAAGGGCUGGGGGCCCCCUGGAUGUGGGGCGUUGGCCUGGGCACCCUGGGUGGGUACAGAGAGGAGGUGCAGCAGGGAAGGACCCCCAGCUGCUCACAGCUGUGAAUCACUCUCCUGUUUGCUUCUGCAGAGACGCAGAGUCAAGAGCGAGAAGAAGCCAGCCUCUGAGGCUGUGCCCUCCAAGGCGAAGGGAGGACUGAAUGGUGCUGCCCCUGAGGGGGAGACUGACAUCUUGUCCCAGCGUGAGGGGGAAACAGCUGGCCCUGGGCCCGCUGGGAAGGAGGUGGCUGAGGAGGAAGAGGUGGCAGGGGUCCCAGGCUGGGAGGUAAGGAGGCGGGUGGGCUAUCUGGAAUGUUCCCGGCACCGUCCUACUGAGAAGCCCAGGAGCACUGCAGGAUGGAGGUCAUGGGAAGGAGGGCAGAGCUGGGGGGAUGGGGCACCCAAGACCCCUGGGCCAAACUGCCAUCCCAGUGGGGCAAGGGGCCCUACAGAGCCCAGAGGCAGCAGCCAUGGUGUGAGCCAAGAGUGGGUCUGAACCCUGCCUCCCCCGACUUCCUGUGAAGCGAGGCCUCAGUUUCCCUGUCUGUGUAACAUGGGGCCUAUCUUCUUCCACUACUGUGCCCUGUCUUUCUUCCCAGGAAAACAUCCAGGUCCGCAAGGAGAUUGCAGUAUACACCUCUGGUAAGACCGCCGGCCCCACAGCCCUGCAGCAGGCCCACCUCCCUCCCUAACCUGGGGACACAGCAACAGCACAGACACCGGCUCCUCUCAGGCCCCUGGCCCUGGGGUGGGGCAGAGGAAGCCCCGGCAGCCAGAUGCCCGUCCCCCCUGAACAUCUUCCUGGUUGGCAGGAACUUGAGGCCUCCCCCCUUGGGCUGGAGGAGCAGCGUCAGAGGGAGCCCUGGCCCUGGGGAAAGGUCCCUCCCCAGCAGGGGACCCACAGGGCAUGCCGGUUUGUGCUCGUAGAAGCCUCUGAGAUGGAGAGUAAGGAGGGAAGGCCUGGGGGCUGGGUCCCCCAGCUCCUGAGGAAGCUCUGGUUGGACUGGUUCCCAGCCCCUGACAUCCCGAAGACUCAGAACCACGAAUGACCAAGCACCCAAUAAAUGCA